AUGGCUCAUGCACCACGCUACCGUCGUUCUUUGCAUGCCUUCAGGUUCCUCGAACCAGAUGCACGACUUUCAACUGUGCCUGGCCUCUGCCUGGCCUCGUUGAACCUGGGGAAGAAAUAUAUCACUGAUGAUAUUCCCGCCCCAGAGGUAGUCUACCAUGACAGCGAGGCUACCGUUGGGACUCGCCUUCGGUCGGAGGCUUGGGAGGGCAACAACGUGCGGUUAAGAAGGGUCGCAUCCCUCUGGUCUAUUCAUGCAUUGUCCGACCCGAAAUAG